CUCAUCCUAGGCCUCCAAGUGCAGCUCUUGACAACAGCCCUUCACCACCAUCAGUGCGCCAAUCACUACGAAGCUACAUCCAGCUUCAGGUCAGCCUGCGACCAUCCGGAGAUCAAACUCGAGCAGCUCCGCCUUCACACUUGCCCGCCAUGGGUUAUCAGGAAUAUGACCACGAUAUCGAGAAGGAGCCCACUCUCCCAACGCAGUAUGUCCAGGACGACGGCGCGGUCCCCGGCGAGAGUUUCGAGUAUGGCAAUUCGGCAUAUGCAAAGCUCCAGCGGUUGGCUGGUAAGCUCAAGAUCGAACAGCGAGGUAUUGAGCGCGUCCCCGAAAAUGAGCGGGACGACAAUUCUCUGCUGAAUGUUGGCACUAUGUGGCUGUCCGCCAACAUGGUCGUCUCGUCCUUUGCCAUUGGUCUGCUCGGAAAGUCCCUCUUCUAUCUCGGCUUCGUCGAUGCUAUCCUCGUCGUUAUCUUUUUCAACCUCAUCGGCAUCAUUCCCGUCUGCUACUUCUCUACCUUUGGUCCUCGCUUCGGCCUGAGGCAGAUGGUGCUCUCGAGAUUCUGGUUCGGCUGGUGGGGAGUAAAGCUCAUCGCCGUCUUUAACGUACUCGCUUGUAUUGGAUGGUCAUCAGUGAACUCCAUUGUGGGUGCUCAGCUUCUCCACGCGGUGAACAACGACGUCCCCGGAUAUGCUGGCAUUAUCGUCAUCGCCGUCUGCACAUUCUUCGUCACCCUCUUCGGAUACAAGGUCGUGCACGCCUACGAGUUCUGGUCUUGGAUCCCCACCUUCAUCAUCUUCAUGAUCAUUCUCGGCGUCUUCGCUCACUCCGGCGACUUCGUGAACAUCCCGAUGGGCGUUGGAACUUCGGAAUUGGGGUCCGUUCUCUCUUUUGGAUCCGUCAUCUACGGUUUCGCCACUGGAUGGACCUCCUACGCUGCCGACUACACUGUCUACCAACCCGUGAACCAGGGACGCACUAAGGUCUUUUUCUCUGUCUGGGUCGGCCUCAUCAUCCCCCUUUUGUUCACUGAGAUGCUCGGCGUUGCCAUCAUGUCAGCCACCUCCCUCAACAACGGCGACAACAUCUACCAGACGGGCUAUGACGCCUCCGGGACCGGCGGCCUCCUUGCCGCAGUCCUCUUCCCUCCUGCUGGCUCCUCCCACAGCGGACUCGGCGGAUUCGGCAAGUUUUGCCUGGUCAUCCUCGCUUUGUCCAUCAUUGCCAACAACUGCCCGAACAUCUACUCCGUUGCCCUGACCAUGCAGGUUCUCGGACGCUGGACCCAGCGCGUUCCUCGUUUCCUCUGGACUGCUAUCGGCACGGCUGUUUACAUUGCUAUUGCCAUUCCCGGCUACUCGCACUUCGAGUCCGUUCUCGAGAACUUCAUGAACUUCAUUGGCUAUUGGCUUGCCAUCUAUGAAGGUAUCGCCUUCAGCGACCACUUCUUCUACAAGCGCGGCAUGGACGGCUACAACCCAGAGCACUACGACCAGCCCCGCAAGCUGCCCCCUGGCAUCGCCGCCAUCGCAGCCUUCUGCUUCGGCGUGGCAGGCAUGGUCACCGGCAUGUCGCAGGUGUGGUUCGUGGGCCCGAUUGCGCUACACGCGGGCGAGGCACCAUACGGCGGCGACGUCGGCUUCGAGCUCGGCUUUGCGUUCUCCUUCACCGCCUACACUGUCCUGAGAUACUUCGAGCGGAAGUAUUUUGGCAGGUAGAUGUGUGGGGGUGUGCUUGUAAGAAUAGUGGGAGAUGGGGCGUUAUAAGGGGAUGAUACCACGGUGGCAGGAGUCCUUCUAGUAGGGUUGUUACAUUUAGCGAUUUCCUUAACUGUCGUUUGAGAUGAGCACUGGAUAUACAGAAAUCUGGCCUUGGGUAAUUCUACCGCUCGUUCUUCAUAGAAAAGGAUUAGAGUGGGAUAAAAUGGAUACC